UUAGAUUAGUGGGGAAGAAAAUAAAAAAGAGAGAACAUGGGCUUGGCGGGCGCUAUGUUACAUCUUCAUUGAUUCUGUCUCGGACAAAUAAGCAUGUGAAUAUCAACACCUCUCCUAGAGACAUGAUAGAAUUAUUAUUAUUGUUAUUAACUUAUUAUUAUUAUUAAGUUAUUUUUUUUUUAAAAAAAAAAAGAAAGAAAGAGCUGGGAUUGGAACUUUACGUAGAAAGCCAGAUUCACGUGUACUUGGUUAUGUUAAGAAAUUGAAUCUUAGUAUAUGUAGUUGAGAUCAUAUGAGAACAUGAUGUGAGUUGACUAAAAACUCAAAUGUCAACUCAUCUUUGUUUAGCCCAAAUCAUAUUUUAAAUGAAUAAACAUGCAUAUAUACAUACAUGUAGUACAUAUUACAAUAAAAAUGGUUAACAAAAUUUCUUUGAAGUCCUCGUGUUUAAGAAGGUUUUUUAGCUUUGCAUAUAACUAAGAUAUAUGAAUUGCAUUUGCAUCUAUAGUUUUGUACCUAACUUGUAUGUGGUAUUAAUGAUUUUUUUUUCAUAAAUAUAUAACAGAGAACAAGUCUUUAGAUAUAUAUGCUUUUCUUGAUAUUGAUAUAGUAAACUUUUCCAAUAAAUAUAUUUUCAAUAACUUGUCAAUGUGGACUGAAUGAGCUUAUAUUGAGAAGAACUAAGUUACAUUUAUAAAUUACCACAAAUAAACAGUUUAUUUAACCAUAAAUAGGUCAUAUAUCUCAUCAAAAUUGUGUAGAAAAAGAAAAAUUGGACUAAUCGAAUGAGUCAUUAUUUUUUAAAGAACAAAUGAGUCAUUUUCAAGUGAUCCAUUUGCAAUAAUAAAUAUAUAAAAUUAUACAUAAUUGACGCUGUAUCCGAUAACUAUGGUGUAAUUGUACAUGAAAAACGAUAUAACACAUGAUUUGGGUAUGAAUUAUGUUGAGUGUGAUAGUCAUACAAGUCAAGAAUAGAAUGAAAAACAACAUUUUAAAAAGAAAAAAGAGGAAUACCCUUUGAGAUUAGCUUCUUUAUUUUUUUUUUCUUUUGAUUAUUAUUAUAUUUUUCCCACUGUGGAAAAAUCUAAAAAUUAUUUAUUUCUUCCAAUCUUAAUAAUUUUUAAAAGACAAUAUCGUUCGAUUGCAUCAUGACCCAUCCAGCAGUAUGGGCCAUGUGAUUCAAUAGUAAAUAAAUAUUACAAAAAAUAUAUUUUUGAUCAAAUUCCUUUAUUUUAUUGGCUAAAGAAAAGAUUUUUUUUAAAGGGUAUUUUUGGAAUAAUCAUUUGCUUUACAGCGGUAGUGUGGUCGAGAUUAUCGUUUAAACGAGAAAAGAUAACCCACUCUCCUACUCUCCACGCGUGCAUUACACGUCCCAGUUAAAAUGUUCAACAAAAGACAAAGCUGGUGUCCACGUUCUGACGUGAGAGUGGCUUAGUAUGUUAUAACCGUUGCCCACUUCAGUUCUCCGACUCGGUCACGAUUCUACUCACAAAAAGUACGUUUUGGUCGUCCGAGUUUAAUAAACUCGGUUUGAACUCAAUAAAAGUUCAGUUCUUUUAUUUAAAAAAAUUAAAACCGUUUUCCUUUUCUCUCUCAAACUCAAAUUUUCAUGGGCACCAUUUCUUUUUGAUUUGAUGUCGUUUAUUAACAGUAAAAGCCAUAACCACAGUCACAGGUGGUGUUUUUGAUCAUUAUUAUUCUUUUCUCUCACUAACCCAAUAUUUCUCUUUUAUUAAGUCUUUAUAGUUUAUAUAUAAGGUGGUGAUCAAAGAGAGAGAGAAAAAGUAUAUUUUAUUAAUUAUUAGUUUCGCCAUGAAUGCUGCUUUGCUUCCUCCAUACCCAUCUGGGCUCUACUUUUUUUAAAACUUGGGCAUUCAUGACUUUACGAAACUGACCUACCAAGCAAAGCAGAACAGAACAAAAAAAAGAAAUAAUACUUAUGAAUGGUUGUAGCAGUAGAAGAAGUAGUAAGAUAUUCAAAGCUUUGUUCUUUUUAAUACCAAUUAGUGUCUUUUACUUCUUUUGUCGCCAAAAACGUUAGUUUGGUUUUUUCUUUCACCUGGAGAUAAAAACAAGGAACACCCAGAUUACAAAAUUUGAUCUUGUAAAGCUUUCCAAUGUCUACGAACCCGUCAAAGCUUGACCUUGAAAUCAUGUCAUUCUCUGAGGCUUUUAAAAAGUUUAAACGUUUUAGACUGUUUGAGCCAUCUUUGGGUGUUCUGGGGUUCUUUUUUGUCAUAGUCUGUGUGGUUUUUUGCUUCUUUUACUUGGAUUCAAGAAGUUUCUCUAAAGGGUAUCGAUUCUCUGGCCAAUCAGAGCGGUUCAUGUGGUUGCAGACUAGAGGGUCCGUAGAAGAAAAUCAUAGAGUUGAGUUUCUUGAAGAAAAAGGUAACUCUUGUAAUGUUUUCGAUGGAGAUUGGGUUUGGGAUGAAUCAUAUCCUUUGUAUCAUUCGAAAGAUUGCCCUUUUUUGGAUGAAGGCUUUCGUUGCUCUGAGAAUGGUCGUCCUGAUUGGUUUUACACCAAAUGGAGAUGGCAACCCAGGAAUUGCAACUUGCCCAGGUUUAAUGCUAAGUUAAUGUUGGAAAAAUUAAGAAAUAAACGGCUAGUUUUCGUUGGGGAUUCCAUUGGAAGAAACCAAUGGGAAUCACUCCUUUGCUUGCUUUCUUCUGCAGUACCUGAUAAGAACUCAAUCUAUGAAGUGAACGGUAAUCCAAUUACAAAGCACAAGGGAUACUUGGUGUUCAAGUUUAGGACUUUUAACUGCACCAUAGAGUACUACAGGGCUCCAUUUCUUAUACUGCAGAGCCGCCCGCCUUCUGGCUCUCACGAAAAAAUCAAGACAACUCUGAAAUUGGAUCAAAUGGAUUGGACAUCUUCUAACUGGAGAAAUGCAGAUGUUUUGAUCUUCAACACAGGGCAUUGGUGGAACUAUGGGAAGACCAUAAGAGGGGGCUGCUACUUCCAAGAAGGGGAAGAAGUAAAGAUGGAAAUGACUGUAGAAGAAGCAUACCACAGGUCAAUAGAGACUGUGGUUCAUUGGAUUGAAAAUCAAGUAAACUCAAGCAAAACCCAAGUGUUCUUUCGUACAUAUGCGCCUGUUCAUUUCAGAGGUGGGGAUUGGAAGAAUGGGGGAAACUGUCACUUAGAGACACUACCUGAGCUAGGAUCCUCAUUGGUACCAUCUGAAAGUUGGGUUCAGUUCCAGAUACCAAACAAUGUAUUGUCAGCUCACCCAAACAUAUUAGAGGCAAUGAAAAUCAACAUACUGAAUGUAACUCGAAUGACAUCAAGGAGAAAAGACGGGCAUUCGUCUUUAUACUAUCUUGGUCCUGAUAUGGGGGCAGUGUCUCUCCAUCGCCAGGACUGCAGCCACUGGUGUCUGCCUGGAGUCCCUGAUGCAUGGAAUGAACUUCUCUAUGCCUUAUUCUUGAAGCGUGAGACACCUGGUUCAUGGAACUUAACAACAAUUAAGAAGGGUGAAAUUUGAGAUUUGAAGAAAGCUUCUCAUUUAUAUUGUACAGCAUACAACAAAAGUAGAAACCACUAUGUUGAAGAGGCAAUCUUUCUAGAGAUGUCUUGGAAAGGAAAGAAAGAAAGAAAGAAAUACCAAAGUAAAUGGUAGAUAAGAAGAAUUUUGCUAAGAGCUUUUCAUUUUCAGUGGUGAAGCAGGUCUCAAAUUUUGGUGCCAAAGGUAGUUAAACCAACAUGUUCAUAGAAUUUUAUACCAAAUUUUAGAGAAGCUGGGGAGAUUAUUAUGAUUUAAAUUAUGAAUAUACUGUAGAGAAGAGGGUUUUUUUUUCUUGGAGAAAUGGGGUAAUUUUGUUAUUAUUAUACUAGUUAGUUUGAUUCUAUUGGAGGGAAACUAGGAAACUAUAUGUAAUUAGCAAAGUUGUAUUUGAACAUUUCAUUCAAUUUUAACGACGAAGUUAAAAAUAAUAACCUUUGAGUCUCAUCAAAA